AUGCCAUCCAUUCCUUCACAAGUUCAACGAGAUUAUGUCAAGAUUUUGAGUGAAAAAUUGAGAUCUUAUCGAAGACUACAAGCAAUGAGAAAUUAUCUCCAAAAACAUGAAUCUCUCAAAAAUGCAAGAAUUAGAAAACAAAAAUUACUGGAGAUUGUGAGCACAGAACGAGAUUAUGUUCAAAAUAUUCACAUUUGUGUGGAUGAAUUCCUGAAACCAAUGAAAUCAAAUCCUAAAAAGUAUGGUGUCACAGAAGACGAAUUAGAUAUUCUCUUCCUCAAUAUUAAUCAAAUUUUGCAAUGUAACCAAGUAUUGUUGCAAAAGUUAAAUGAUCAAGUGAGUGACCAUCAACAAGGAAAGACUUCUUGUGUCAAAUUUGGAAUUGUUUUCAAAGAAAUGGCAGUAUGGUUUAAAUUAUACACUGACUAUAUCAAUAAUCAUGAAUUGGCAACAACCACUCAUGACAAUUUAAUGGAAAAGAAGAAGAAAUUUGCUGCAUUUAUGGAAAAGCAACAAAAUAACCCCAAGUGCAAGAAUUUACCACUUGCAGCUUAUUUAAUUCAACCAGUGCAACGUAUUCCUCGUUACAGACUCUUACUUGCUGAUGUUAUUAAAUUAACACCUGAGGAUCAUGUGGAUUAUGAAGACUUACAAAAAGGUUAUCAAGCCAUUCUAGAUAUUGCUGAUUGGGUCAAUGAAAGAAAACGAGAAAAUGAAAAUCAAAACUCAUUGGCCAAGCUUCAACUCAAAAUUACAGAUGUUGAACAAAAACAAGUCUUCUUACCUCACAGAAAGUUAAUCUCAAAAACUGAUACUCUCAAAGUCACACUGGCGUAUAAGGAACACGAUACAGAAUUUGACAAGUAUCUCACCAUUAACAGACCAUCGACAGCUUAUUUAUUUCCAGAUAUGCUGAUAUUAUCACUUGGAGAAGCUCAAGGAGAAAAUACUUCACAACUUGUCUCUCCUCAACAAUUUUCAAAGAUUCUUGCGAGAGACAAUCUGGUCAUGGUAUUCUUUGUAUUUAUCAAAAUUUUGAAAGUUGAAUACAUGCAACCCACGGAAGAACAACAAGAGAGUGACAACUCUGUUCCAAAUACUAUACAAAUUGCAUUUCAAUUGAAGGGAAGAGAAUUGUUUUUAGAGCUUAAUUUAGAGAGCUGUGACCACCACUUUUCAAAGAAGAUACUCGCAUACAUGCAUUCUUCAAGGAAGAAUAUUGGUAACAAAACUGGUAUGGAUUGGGAACAAUUCUAUGAUGUGGCGUCAAAUUUCCAAAGUUUAAUGCGAGAAAUUCCAGAACUUAAAGAACAAAUGAAGAAGAAACGAGAAAAGGCAACCAAAAUUCAGAACGAGGUGCAAACCAUGAUCAACGAAAUUGCGAGAAAAGAAGAAGAAGUUCGACGACUGCAGCAAGAAAUUGAGCACUUGAAAACUCAGAAAAUUUAUUCACUUAAUGAGUUGAAUGAUGCGGAACGAGAAGCACAAGUGAUAUCAGCCGACUACAGAGAAGCUUCUGAAGAGAAGAAUCAAGUGCAAGAAACAGUGUUUAGCAUUAUUGGCCAAGAUCUCUUUGCAUACACUGAGAUGUUUGGUACAACCAAUCGACAAAAAACAGAAGAUAUUAACAUUGUACUCGAGUAA